AUGACAGUUCCAACAAAUGGUGAUAUUGCCGAAGAAAGCUUGGCUGGCCGAAGCUAUACACAGCUUUACGGUACGCUGGAAGCCAAGGCAGAUGAUCUGGUGAAACCAGGAACAGAGAUAUCGCCGCUGGCUCUAGUGAUAGAUUCUAAUCAACGUCUUCUGGAGAGAUCAGGAAGUACUGAGCAGAUGUAUGAACAUUCCAGAGUUCACGUUACUAGCACAGGAUUACUUCGUCAGAGAGCUACAAAUUCGACUUUCGAUACCACAAAAGAGUUUAAUUUGGAUCAGUAUUUGAGUGCACUUCAGGAAAUAGUCAAUCCACAGCGAAACUCUAGUACCAAUGGCACAGAUGUAGGCGGCACUGUCAACGGAUAUGAUCCUGAUUCGAUUACUAAUGUAAGCGAAUUAGGCGUUUUUGUGUAUAAAAAGAUGUACCGCGUGCCAACUAUCGGUUUCUUGUAUGGGCCAUUAAAUGUCGACAAAAAACCCAUUAAGAGAAGAGAGAGGAUUAAAUUAAACGUUGGUACAGCUUCUGCACCAGCUGAUGUCAAAGAUACAUACCAAGGAGAAGAAGAUGCUGAACAGGGAAAUCUGAUUAAAUUUAUCUUUGAUUUGCUUGUUGAACUGGAAGAAGAACAAGAGCCCGAGGAUGACGGAUCAAUAGCACCUAUAUCACUGUUGGAAUUUAUCCUCAAUCCAUUCAGUUUUUCCGAAACAGUAGAAAAUCUAUUUUUUGUAAGUUUCCUCAUUAAAAUAGGAAAAGUUUCACUCGACCAUAAUGAUGGUAUUCCUGUUAUUGCGGUAGUUAAAGAUAAUGAGCCCACACAGCGUGAUACUGCUGCCAAAAACAACCCGUCAGCGAAAUCUGGUCAGAAUGCCACCCGAACUCAACUGAUUAUUGAUCUGGAUAUGGAAACAUGGAAAGAAUUAUGCGAUAUCUACGACGAUGUUGAAGAACCAGCAAUACCAUCGCGAGGAAACUCGGAUACAAAUAAAAACCGGUAG